UUAUUACAAUUAGCAUUCGGAAACACUAAGUUAAUAAUCACAUUUCAAACUCAAAAUCUCUCGCUACUCAAAUAAUCGUUCUCUCUCGGCAACUCUAUGGAUUCUCCGGAGUUGAAGCUCGUAUCACUUGCUACUCAGUUGAUCUCUCUAAACAACUCUACAGAUUUGGAGCUUGUAUCAUGUACUAUUAUUCAAAUAAUCUCUCUCGUUAGCUCAAUGGAUUUGGAUUCGCAGCCGAAGCCCGAGACAAAGCUCAUGUCACUCAUAGCUCAAACAAUUUCUCUCUUCAACUCCAUGGAUUUGGAUUCCCAGCCGGAGCCGUUAAGGAAGCUCAUAUCACUCAUUACUCAAGAAGUAUCUCUCCAAAACUCUGUAGAUUCGGAUUCUGAGCCAAAGCCUAAUUCAGAGUUUAUGUCAUUCUACUCUGAAACAUUCAAACUCGAGCCGAGACCGGAGCUCAUAUCAAUCAUCACUCAAAUAUUUCUCUUCAUCGAUUCGGAUUCGGAUUCGGAUUCGGAGAUGGAGUCGAAGCUCAUAUCAGUCAUUUCUCAAAUAAUCUCAAUCGUUUCCUUUGGUGAGACGGAUGGGGAGUUGGAUGAGUCGCAAAAGAUGUCCAAAACAAAAUCAGUUAUAUUACUUAUUAGUCAACUAAUCUCUCUCGUCAGCUCUCUGGAUUUGGAUUCGCAGCCGGAGCCGGAGUCAGAGCUCAUAUCACUCAUUAAGCAAGUAAUCUCUGUCGGCAACUCUAUAUCGGAUUCGGAACCGGAGUGGGAGCUCAUAUCACUCGUGACUCAUAUGACCAAUAUCAUCAGCUCUAUAGAUUUGGAGCCGGAGCCACCAGCACAACUCUUGUCACUCAUGGCUCAUAUAUAUUUAAAUUUAUACUCUAUGGAUUGGGACUCGGAGCUACUUACACUCCUUUCUCAAAUAUUCACUCUCGUCAGCUCUACGGAUUUGGCUUCGGAGUCGGAGUCUGAAUGGGGGCCGGAUCAGCUUAUUUUUGUUCAACUCGUACAAGGAAAAUUUCAUGUGACGGGAAAAGUGGAGCGGAAGAGCAAAGAAAAGGGGAUAUGUCACCCCGGAAGCCGGGUGAAACUCUACUUAGCGAGAGGAGAAGACGCUUCUCAUUUUCGUUGCAAAGAUUGCAACGGCGAGGACCAUGAAGAAUGUGAACAGACUCCGGUUGAGGUAAAACACCCUCUUCAUCCAAAACAUUCUCUUCAGCUUGUCUCGCAAAAGUCGUCGAGAAUUCAAACUAGAAAAUGUUUUUGUUGUGAUGAGGAUCUCGAAAAGAUAUUCUACUAUUGCUCGGAUUGUGAUUAUGCUAUGAAUAUAGCUUGUGCGGAGAAACCACCAGUCUUAUAUAUAGACCAUCCGAAUUGGCAUAAUCAUACACUUGCUCUGUUUCCUAGACAAGCUUUCUUAACUUGCAAUGUCUGCGCCCUGGCCGAUUCAAGCUCUCCUAUCUAUAUGUGUCCCCCUUGUGAUUUUGUGGUCCAUCUAAGAUGUAUCAACUUACCACGUGUCAUAAGGAUAUCUCGCCAUCCCCAUCGUAUCUCUUUUACCCCUUUGUUCGACCAACAUGAUAGAUCUUGUGGUGUUUGUCGCGAAAAGAUCGACAACGAUUAUGGGGGUUAUUCUUGCAUCAACGACGAUUGUUCGUAUGGAGCACAUUCGAGAUGUGCCACACAGAGAAAUGUGUGGGAUGGCAUAGAGCUUGAAGGAGUGUUAGAAGACAUUGAAGAAGAAGUUGAGCCGUUUGUGACGAUAAGUGAUGGAAUCAUACAACAUUUUAGUCAUCAACAACAUCAUUUGAGACUUGAUGAGAACAAAGACAGAGAUUACGAUGACAAUAUGCAGUGUGAUGCAUGCAUCACGCCCAUCUAUUUCGGUAACCUCUACUCUUGUAUGCAAUGUAGCUUCAUUCUUCACGAAGAAUGUGCGAAUUUAUUUCGCAAAAUACAUCACCCGAUACAUCCACAUAUGCUCUCCCUAGCGGGAGGAUAUAAUGAUGUUAGAAAGUAUGAGGAUUAUAAGUGUUCAGCUUGUCCUUGGUCGUGCAUAGCUGGUUUUUUCUAUGUGUGUGUUAAAGAAGGAUGUUAUUUUAAGUUACAUGUGCAGUGCGCCACAAUUUCUGAGCCAUUGGUCCAUAGAAGUCAUAUGGAUCCUUUAUUCCUAACAUCUAAACCAGGAGAGCAACGAGGAUGUUCGGUUUGCAAAGAUUCAAGACUUGAAUGUACAAAUGAAACAUUCAAUUGCAUCAAAUGCGACUUUGCUUUGUGUUUUGGAUGUGCUACUUUACCUCAAAAUGUGAGGUAUAAGCAUGAUAAUCAUAUUCCCACUCUUUCUUAUGGGAAGGAGACAAAUACCAUGACAUAUUGGUGUGAAGUCUGCGAGGGAAAAGUAAAUCCGAAAGACCGGUUUUAUAUGUGUGACGAAUAUUGCUGUGUCACCUUACACAUCAGAUGUCUGAUUGGGAAGGACUUAUACAUGAAGCCCGGUUCAUUGUGUAUCUACAAGGAUGGAAAAAAGCUAUUUGUUGUGCCCAACAAUCAUAUGUCUCGACCAUCUUGCACAGGUUGUAGGAAGCGAUGUCCAUACAAAACAAUGUUGGUGCUUGUUCGAUUAAUAUUCUGUUCCACAUUUUGUAUUCUUCAUGUUUAGUCGAGAGAGUUGAUCAAAUAGCUGUAUGGUUAUUGCUCUUGUUGUAACAAAUAUUGUUGAAUUUGUAUUCGGUUGUAUUAUGAGCUUCCAAAAACCAGCUAUGAUAUGGCCGGGAAAGUCAUCAA